AACAGUCCAGUCGGUGAGACCCAGCCAGGCGCUCCGUGCCCGGGGAACACGCACCGACCGCAGCCAUGGAGUACCUCACCUUCUGCUUUGUGUUCUCAUGCUGGAUGAAGUUUUCAAUGUCUCUCUCCUCCACCGCCUCACCUCAGACUCCUGCAGCUAUUCCAAAAGAAAAAUUGCUUGUCUUAACCGUAGCGACACAGGAAACAGAUGGCUUCCUCCGCUUUAUGCAGUCCGCAAACUAUUUCAACUACACCGUGAAGGUGUUGGGAAUGGGAGAGAUGUGGAAGGGCGGAGAUGUGGGUCGUUCUAUCGGUGGAGGGCAAAAAGUCAGACUACUGAAGGAGGCCAUGGAGGCUCUGGCUGACCAGGAGGAUCUCGUUGUCCUGUCAGUGGACAGCUACGAUCUUAUCUUCGCCGGCGGACCGGAGGAGAUUCUCAGGAAGUUCCAGCAGGCCAAUCACAAAGUGCUGUUCGCUGCAGAGGGACUGAUAUGGCCCGAUAAGAGACUUGCUGACAAGUACCCCUCGGUCCGCAGUGGCAAACGCUUCCUCAACUCUGGAGGUAUAAUCGGCAGUGCCCCAUACAUAAACAGAUUAGUUUCACAGUGGGACCUCCAUGACAACGAUGACGACCAGCUCUUCUACACUAAAAUAUACGUGGAUCCCUUACAGAGACAAAGACUCAAUAUGACUUUGGACCACAAGUGCCAGAUUUUCCAGAACCUGAACGGGGCAGUUGAUGAAGUGCUUCUCAAGUUUGGAACAGACCGAGUGAGAGUCAGAAACACAGCGUACGACUCUCUGCCGGUGGUUGUCCAUGGAAACGGUAACACCAAAAUGUAUUUGAACUCCUUAGCCAACUAUGUCCCCGACACCUGGAACUAUGAACAUGGGUGUGGCCACUGCGACGACGAUGUUAUGGACCUGUCUCAGUUAAAAGAAUCUCCGAAUGUGUUGGUUGGCGUGUUCAUCGAGCAGCCGACACCAUUUCUUCCCGAAUUCUUCCAGCGGCUGCUGACCCUGGAUUAUCCUCAUGACAAAAUCCACCUUUUUAUCCACAACAAUGAGGUUUACCACGAGAAGCACAUCCAGAAGUUCUGGGAAGAGAACCGGAAUGUGUUCAGCAGCUUCAAGGUUGUGGGACCAGAGGAGAAUCUGAGCCAAGGAGAGGCCAGGAACAUGGCCAUGGAUCUUUGCCGUACGGACGCUACGUGUGACUUCUACUUCAGCAUGGAUUCCGACGUCAUGCUCACCAACAGACAGACACUGAAGCUCCUCAUCGAGCAAAACAGAAAAAUAAUUGGUCCCGUUGUCACCCGUCACGGGAAGCUGUGGUCCAACUUCUGGGGAGCCCUGAGUCUCGAUGGUUAUUAUGCCCGCUCCGAAGAUUACGUCGACAUUGUGCAGAGAAAACGAAUGGGCCUGUGGAACAUUCCUUACAUGGCACACAUUUACCUGGUCAAGGGCCAAGUGUUGAGGAAUGAAAUGAAAGAGAGGAACUACUUUGUCCUGGAGAAACUGGACCCGGAUAUGGCUUUGUGUAGAAAUGCCAGAGAAAUGACCAGUCACAGAGAAAAAGACUCCCCUUCUCCGGAAUCAUUCCAUAUGCUCAGGCCCCCAAAGGGAGUCUUCAUGUACAUAACAAACCGCCACGACUUCGGGAGGCUCAUUUCCACCGCCAAUUAUAACACUUCUCAUUACAACAGUGACUUGUGGCAGAUAUUUGAAAACCCUGUGGACUGGAAGGAGAAAUACAUCCACAAAAACUACACUCGAAUUUUCACUGAAAACUUACUGGAGCAGCCCUGCACAGAUGUCUUCUGGUUCCCAGUGUUCUCGCAGAAGGCCUGCGAUGAAAUAGUGGAGGAGAUGGAGCACUACGGUUCCUGGUCUGGGGGCAAUCAUGAGGACAAGCGGAUCACCGGCGGCUACGAGACGGUGCCGACGGACGAUAUUCACAUGAAGCAAAUCGGCUACGAUAAAGAGUGGCUGCACUUCAUCCGAGAGUUCAUUUCACCCGUCACGUUAAAGGUUUUCUCUGGCUACUACACAAAGGGUUACGCCAUAAUGAAUUUCGUGGUAAAAUACACGCCUGAGAGACAAGCGUACUUGAGGCCCCACCACGACUCCUCCACCUUCACCAUCAACAUCGCCCUCAACAACAAAGACACAGACUUUCAGGGAGGCGGCUGCCGUUUCCAUCGGUACAACUGCUCCAUAGACUCACCCAGAAAAGGCUGGAGCUUCAUGCACCCGGGACGCCUGACCCACCUCCACGAAGGCCUGCCCACCACCAACGGCACCCGCUACAUCGCAGUGUCCUUCAUCGACCCUUGAACGACCCCAUCACGCUGUAAAUUAGUCCUCCGACCUUUGCUUUGCUUCUCUUUCUGUCAUGUUUGUUCUGUUUUUUUCUUUGUGCCCCAGAUGUUUUGCCGAUGCGAUCCUUUUCUUUAAAGGCAACUGCUUUAAAAGAGUAAAUGAUUGCAUUAAAAAAAGGAAAUCUCUGUCAAACAGAGAGUGGAGUGGAAAAGGGAGGUGACAAAAGCAAUUCACACAUUAGAUACACAAGUAAGAGAAACGAUGCUAGCAGGAUGCAGCGCUUCCAUUUCCCAUUCAAACCAUUAGAAUCACAGACUUUACUGGUGCUGUAGCUUGUCAUGAUUCCCAGGUAACACACAAUCGUGCCUUUGUUAGCUGUGCCCUGCUGUUGUGCAGCUGUUGUGUAUCUAUUUGCGGUUUUAGGUAAGAUGUCACUGAAUGCAUUUAUACUGUAAAGUCACACGUUUCUACUGGUGCUAAUCAACAAUCCAUGUUUCUGCGUUAAAAUUCCAAUCAUAUAUUGUUGGGGUGUAAAUUGCUCUUCCGCCCUAAAACAAUCCAGAUGUGUGAUUCCAGUCAAAUAAUUUGUGCCCAGCGAAAAAAAUAAAAUAUAUUUUUGUAAUUUUGCACAUCAGAAAAGUAUAAAAACAAAAAACAAAGAGUCAGAAUUCAAUAUGAAUUCCGUUUGAAUGAAGUUUAAUUUUCUGUUUUCCUUGAAAGGCUUCGUUCUUGUUUUGGAGAUUGGCAACGUUCAUUUGAAAACAUUUUUCUACGAUAUUCCUCUGCAAAGAUGUGUGUGUGAAUGGAUUUUGGGACUCAGAGAAUUAAGUUGUUUAACUUAUUGUCAAAUUUUAAUAAAAUUCUUUAUAAGAAA